AUGGAGUGGGCCGGAGGGGCAGAGUGGGCCGGAGGGGCAGAGUGGGCCGGAGGGGCAGAGUGGGCCGGAGGGGCAGAGUGGGCCGGACAAGCAGAGUGGGCCGGACAAGCAGAAUGGGGCGGAGAAGCAGAAUGGGGCGGAGAAGCAGAAUGGGGCGGAGAAGCAGAAUGGGGCGGAGAAGCAGAAUGGGGCGGAGAAGCAGAAUGGGGCGGAGAAGCAGAAUGGGGCGGAGAAGCAGAAUGGGGCGGAGAAGCAGAAUGGGGCGGAGAAGCAGAAUGGGGCGGAGAAGCAGAAUGGGGCGGAGAAGCAGAAUGGGGCGGAGAAGCAGAAUGGGGCGGAGAAGCAGAAUGGGGCGGAGAAGCAGAAUGGGGCGGAGAAGCAGAAUGGGGCGGAGAAGCAGAAUGGGGCGGAGAAGCAGAAUGGGACGGAGAAGCAGAAUGGGACGGAGAAGCAGAAUGGGACGGAGAAGCAGAAUGGGACGGAGAAGCAGAAUGGGACGGAGAAGCAGAAUGGGACGGAGAAGCAGAAUGGGACGGAGAAGCAGAAUGGGACGGAGAAGCAGAAUGGGACGGAGAAGCAGAAUGGGACGGAGAAGCAGAAUGGGACGGAGAAGCAGAAUGGGACGGAGAAGCAGAAUGGGACGGAGAAGCAGAAUGGGACGGAGAAGCAGAAUGGGACGGAGAAGCAGAAUGGGACGGAGAAGCAGAAUGGGACGGAGAAGCAGAAUGGGACGGAGAAGCAGAAUGGGACGGAGAAGCAGAAUGGGACGGAGAAGCAGAAUGGGACGGAGAAGCAGAAUGGGACGGAGAAGCAGAAUGGGACGGAGAAGCAGAAUGGGACGGAGAAGCAGAAUGGGACGGAGAAGCAGAAUGGGACGGAGAAGCAGAAUGGGACGGAGAAGCAGAAUGGGACGGAGAAGCAGAAUGGGACGGAGAAGCAGAAUGGGACGGAGAAGCAGAAUGGGACGGAGAAGCAGAAUGGGACGGAGAAGCAGAAUGGGACGGAGAAGCAGAAUGGGACGGAGAAGCAGAAUGGGACGGAGAAGCAGAAUGGGACGGAGAAGCAGAAUGGGACGGAGAAGCAGAAUGGGACGGAGAAGCAGAAUGGGACGGAGAAGCAGAAUGGGACGGAGAAGCAGAAUGGGACGGAGAAGCAGAAUGGGACGGAGAAGCAGAAUGGGACGGAGAAGCAGAAUGGGACGGAGAAGCAGAAUGGGACGGAGAAGCAGAAUGGGACGGAGAAGCAGAAUGGGACGGAGAAGCAGAAUGGGACGGAGAAGCAGAAUGGGACGGAGAAGCAGAAUGGGACGGAGAAGCAGAAUGGGACGGAGAAGCAGAAUGGGACGGAGAAGCAGAAUGGGACGGAGAAGCAGAAUGGGACGGAGAAGCAGAAUGGGACGGAGAAGCAGAAUGGGACGGAGAAGCAGAAUGGGACGGAGAAGCAGAAUGGGACGGAGAAGCAGAAUGGGACGGAGAAGCAGAAUGGGACGGAGAAGCAGAAUGGGACGGAGAAGCAGAAUGGGACGGAGAAGCAGAAUGGGACGGAGAAGCAGAAUGGGACGGAGAAGCAGAAUGGGACGGAGAAGCAGAAUGGGACGGAGAAGCAGAAUGGGACGGAGAAGCAGAAUGGGACGGAGAAGCAGAAUGGGACGGAGAAGCAGAAUGGGACGGAGAAGCAGAAUGGGACGGAGAAGCAGAAUGGGACGGAGAAGCAGAAUGGGACGGAGAAGCAGAAUGGGACGGAGAAGCAGAAUGGGACGGAGAAGCAGAAUGGGACGGAGAAGCAGAAUGGGACGGAGAAGCAGAAUGGGACGGAGAAGCAGAAUGGGACGGAGAAGCAGAAUGGGACGGAGAAGCAGAAUGGGACGGAGAAGCAGAAUGGGACGGAGAAGCAGAAUGGGACGGAGAAGCAGAAUGGGACGGAGAAGCAGAAUGGGACGGAGGAGCAGAAUGGGACGGAGAAGCAGAAUGGGACGGAGGAGCCCACCUGGAAGAUGAGUCGGCUGCCAAGGACAACCAACAGAACCAGUACAGCCGCUCAGAUGUCAACAUACCUGGAAUACAGCACAAUUUAAACUAA